AUGACGGCUGAGGACGCGACGGGCGCGACGCAGGUGUUGAACGAACGCAACACGACGACGACGACGACGACGACGAUUUCGACGAAAAUCACGACGACGGGCGAGGUGUCGACGACGAAAACGACGGGAGAAGCGGCAGCGGGGUCGCCGUCGUCGGCGACGGCGUUCACGAGCUAUUUCACGAACAUUUUCGGUGGGAAGACGGAGGCGGUUGGCGCGGCGCCGGUUGAAUCGGAGGCGAGCGCGGACGUCGUCGAGGAGGAGCCGAGCGAUGGGAUCCACGCGAAGAAGGGUACGGCGGUGCGGGCGCUUCAGGACAAGUAUGAUGAGGCGGAGGCGGCGAUGAGCGCGGCGCAGACGGCGUUCGAGCGCGCGGCGACGGAGUAUCAGACGGCGCGAGACCGCGCGGAGGUAGCGAAAAAGAGUGGCGUUCCGGGCGCGGCGACCGUGGCGGACGCCGCGGUCGCGCAGGCAAAGUCCAAGUACGCGGCAGCGUCCAGUAACUUUCAGAUGACGAAUAAGGCGCUGGAGUACGCGGCGAAGAAGAAGCGUCAGGGUGAGGUGGAACUCGCGGAGAGUAUCAAGGCAAGAGAGGCGCGCGAUACCUUGUUCGGAUCGAAGGGUAAAAUUGGCGGCCAUUCGGACGCUGAUGAUCUCGAGGCGAAGCGCCUGAUGGCCGUGAUCAAGCUGCAGCGCGCCUGGCGCAGAUACACGACUCUCAAGAAGCAACGAAAACCCGAGUUCAUCGCGAGGACGGUUGUUCAGCGAAUCUUUUCGCGCGAAACUGCUUUUGCGUUACUUUUGAGUUUCCUUUUACUGAGUGGCUCAGUGCUUUCAUCCGAGACAAGAUCAAGCGGUCGCACUGCAGAGCUCAUAAGGACGUUCUCGGCGUUGGAUCACGGCUACUUGGGCGAGGGCAUCUCCUCAGGGAUCGUCACAGCACAGCUCACCGUGAUGCGCUCACGUCACAACAAGUUGCUCAGCGACGUCGAAGAAUGUGAAGCGACUCUACACGCUCUGCGCAAGGGUGAAGGUAGCCUUGGUGGAUCCAUGCGAUCUCCUCUUGCGGGUACCUGUAGCUACAAGCUACGCGAAGCGGAAAAGGAACUCGCUCAGAUGAAGAAGAGCGAAGUUGAUUGUGGUCUCGACAAACAACUGAAGCUGCUUCAGUCUGAGCUCGCGCUAGCGAGGCACGAGGUUGACGUUCAGAAGAUCAAAAAUGAAGAAGAAAUCGCGUCCUUGAACGCAGUUCACGAGGCUGAAAGCGAAAAGUUGAUGGCGCUCGCUCAAGCCAACAUCAUGGACGCGAAGCACGAGGGCGCACGGCUUUUACGCAAAGCUCAAAUUGAGCACGAAGAAAUCUUGGACCAACUAGAGUCCAUGCGAGAUCAGCUCUCUGUAUACGAAAACCAAAUGAGAGGCGAUCCUUUGGGCAUAGAUGAGCUCGUUAAAAAGCACAACGCCGUGUUGAAGAGUGUCAAAGACAAGAAUGCCGCAGCUCUCAAAGCACUGGACGACGAAUAUCGUGCCAAACUCUCAAUGAGCAAAGCUGAGAACGUCCGAAAUAAAAACGAAGAUCUAAAGAGUCUGUCGAUUUUCAAGGAGAAAUCUACCGCGACGCAAAGGAGCUUGGAGGAUAAAGUCAGGCUCGCCAACGAACAGGCUACAGCAGCGAAAAACCAGGUGUGCAAGUCGAAGAGUUCGAGUACGCUCUCGUAUCUCGUAUAUCCGCUCAUCGCCGCCGUGGGAUUGUUGCUUGGUGUUGUCGCGCAAGCUGGUCACCAACCAACUCAUCAUGGGGCGGCCAAGUCGGCUAAACCGAAGGAAGCUGAGGCAGUGAGAACAGAGCCCGCCAUGGGCGUUCCUGUGUGCAAGCGAUGUGAAGCGGCGGAGGAGAAGUCAAGCGAUUAUAAACAGCAAGCUAAGAUUGCCGAAGAAGCAGCUGCAAAGCUUCGUAACGAAAUCAGGACUCUCCAAGAAGACAACGCACGAGUGCACAAGCGUCUUGAGCAGCGCAUUUCAAUGCAGAAGUCACCGAAAAAAGCCAUGGCCACAGAAGAUGGCGACAAAUCCGACAGCGAUCUCACUGACACAGCGCGUUUGGAAGAGGAGAAUAUCAAACUUUCUUCCCGCGUGCACGAGGCUCAAGCGCGCGCUCUUGAGCUCACCGAGCAACGAGAGAUGCUUACGCUCCGCAUCGAUUCAAUUCAAAAGAAACUCAUCGAGGAAGGAGUCACCAUCAAGGAGCUAUCGGAAAGCCUGGUUCGAGUAGAGAAGGAGAAUUUCGAGCUUAAGCAAGUGGUCGAUGAAUGUCGAGCCGAGACAAGAGUUGCGGAGCGUAAACUUGAAGACGUCACGCGUUCGCUCGAUUCGACGGGCAAAGAACGUGGGGGUAUGCAAGUUGAACUCGACGCUGUUAACAAGCGGCUAAGAGACGCCACCGCACAGCUCACCAAGGCUGCGAUGUCAGAGAAGCAGAAAGAUGCGAAAAUCGAAGCGAUUUUACUCGCCAAGGAGGACAUCGAAAAGAAACUCGCUGCGGCGACCGAAGAUGUUGAUAUCCUCCAAGAACGGUACACAAACAGCGAGCGCUUGAAGGUUCAGCUUGAAGCGCAAAACGUCGAUCUCCAAGCCCAGCUUAGACGAUCAAAGUCUACGAGUGACAUGGCAGCAGCGCAGCUUCAAAAGCGUCUUAUGGAGGUAGAAACAGAACGUAAUAGUCUGAGCUCCGAACAAGGGCGCUUACUCGACGAAAUCGUGUCGAAGCAGGAAGAAAUCGAUCAGCUGAUGCAGCACGUGAUGAAGUUGCAAGAGAGUGACGAUUCGCUUGGCAGUGAACUUGCAGACUUGGUGAAGAUCAAUGAAACCAUGCGAGCUCGGAUGGAGCAGCAAGAGGAGCUCAUUGCCAAAUCUCACGAGAAGGACCUCAAAAUUAUUGAACAUGAGGUGCACUUGCAGGAAUGGGGAUCGCGUUUCGAACAAGCCAAGGCAAAGCUGAGAAGCUGUGAGCUCGCGCGCGAAGAGGGGCUGACAAUGUUGCGCAAUCGCGAUGAACGAAUCGGUUUUUUGGAGGAAGAGCUCAAAACCAUCCGUGAUUUGCACGGUGCGAGUAGUUCUCGACUUAAAGAUCAACUCCAACGCCUCGGGGAGUUGGAGAUGGAUGCUGCGCGCAAACUCGCUGCUAAAGAAGCAGCGGAGGCUAAACUUGAACAGUCCGAGGCAGCGGCGAGGAUGACCAUUGCACAGCUUGAGACGGAGAUUUCAAAGCUGCAAAAUCAACUGGUCGCGGAGCAGACUACCGCUGAAGCCUUGCGAACAACCGACGGAAUCACCGCGUCGAAGCUUCGUCAAGAAUCGCGCGAGCUUCAGGAAAAAAUUGCCGCGCUGAAUUCUGCGGAGGUCGAAAAAGAGAACAUGGCGCAGGAAAUCUUGCGGCUCGAACGAGAGUUGGAAGAAUUGAGACGCCGUCUCGCGGAGCUGAUGUCAGAGCUAGCCAAUGUGAAGACACAAGAGCAUGGCGUGGUAAUCGAGCAGACUGAACAGACUGAAGAACGUCAGGCGUUGGUCUACGAUGAAGCCACUGAUUUGUUGCGCGGAUUGAGGCGAAUCUCACUGUACAACCUUCUAUACUCUGUCACCUUCAGUAAGGUGAGAGAUCUGAGACAGUGGCGUGCGCUCACUUUGACCCCUCUGUGCGAAGCUGUGAGACCGAUCACAACGCAGCCUAAGCGUGAUGACCUCUUCUAUGCGAAGAAGCGAGGAGCACGAGGACUCAUCGCACUUGCGAACGCACCGCACCAUCACAAACUGUCCCGCGCUGGCUGGUCAGAAGUCAAUCAAGCAGCCAUGACGCAAAUGUUGGGAUGGCACAAUGCCGAGGACGUCUGGAUUUGGGCCACGCGCUCGCUCGCUGCUAUUUCACGCAUCUUCCAAGGAGGGAACGCAUACCAAAUGUACCAGCUCGGAGGUUUGCAAACUGCACUGGAGUUGAUGCGCCAGGCAGAAUCCGACGCGGAAAUUCAACUGCACGGUGCUCGCGCCAUAAGUGGGAUGGUGUCUGGAAAUCUUGCCUUUUACGGUCAAGAGGCACCGCAGAUUGUGUCGGGAAGCGCGCUCGAAACUCUCGCCAUCACCUUGCAAACGUUCCCUCUUGACGCUCGCGUCGUCAGGGCAGCCGCUCGAGCGACGUGGGUGUGCGUGCACCUCGGUCGACAAUUCGGCCAACAUACCUUCGUGCAACACAAGGUGUACGAGCCGCUCAUGUUCGCGAUGAACUGUCAUCUCGGCGAUCUCAAGGUUGUCGAAUCAUGCUGCGGAGCGGUGCUUGCCGCCGCUGCGCGCAAUCCAAACACGCAAGCCGCGCUCACCGAAGCGGGCGUUCGCGAUCUCGUUCGCGACGUCCUGCAAACAGUCAGCGAAGUCAAUUUUUCUGGCACGUUCUCGGAGCUCAGCGAGUGGCUUUUCGAAGAAUAA